AUGACCACUAUUACUGUCCAGGGCAAACAUGCCCUCAUUACUGGGGCUGGCUCAGGUAUCAACUUGUGCUUCGCUCGUAUGCUUCUCGAAAAGGGCUGCUCAGUUCUCAUCGCCGAUCUUAAACUUCAACCAGAAGCUGAGGAGCUCCUCAAGCAAUACCCCUUUCCGGCUGCUGACGGGCAAGCCGGCGCCUUCUUUCAAAAGACCAACGUUGCAUCAUGGCCAGAGCUUAGCUCAGUGUGGAAGACGGCCGUGGACAGGUUCUCAUCCGUCGACAUUGUCGUUGCAGGUGCUGGCCUCUUUGAGCCAAAGUGGGCGUCCUUUUGGGAGGCCCCCAAGACGGAGAGCAACCGGAACACAGUCUCUGCCGACCCUGCAGAUGCGGAUCCAGGCCAUUAUGCUGUUUUAGAUGUCAACCUUGCAUCUCCCAUCCGGUUGAGUACUCUUGUGCACGUCGGUAGCAUGGCGGGCUAUGGGGCGGGUAUCACGACGCCGCUGUACUUUGCGAGCAAGCAUGGCUUACACGGUUUCGUGCGGUCCCUGGGGGGGCUGCGUGAUGAGCUUGGAAUCCGCGUGGGGUGUGUAGCUCCCGGUGCAGUGAGCACACCUCUCUGGCACGAUGAUCCGACCAAGGCUGUGAUGCUGGAUGAAGACACGGUCCUUAUCGAGCCCGAAGAGAUUGCCCAGGGUAUGUGGCAGCUCGUCGUGAACGAGGAACUCGGCGACGGAACGAUUCUCGAGGUCACCAAGGGCGCCACGAGAGUGGUUCCUCUAUUCAACGCACCAGUGCCUACCGGCGAGGGCAUUCUGGUGCCGGGCUAUGCGGCGUCCAUGGGGACACUGUACGAGAAGCUGAGGAACGAGGGCUUGAGUGUCUGA